AAACUUUCGAAUCAAUUUCUAUCUCUCUUUCUUAACUUCCCUUCUCUAAUAUGCUUACUCCUGCCGCCGAAAACCCACUUCGCGAACAGGGCCUUCCUGCCCCCUCUCCAACUGGCUACAACAAUGUACCUGCCUUCAACAAGCCAGUAGAACUUACAAUCGAGGGUACCAUUCCAGAGUGGGUAAAUGGUGUCAUGUACCGUGCAGGUUCUGGCCGUUAUAAUCUUCUGCUUGAGAACGGCGACACAUUCCACAUCGGACAUCCUUUUGAUGGCCUUGCAAUGUUGCACCGUUUUGAACUAUCUGGUGAGACGCAGACUGUUCAGUACUCCUCACGCCACACCUCCCACGGAGUAGAACGUCGUAUUCGAGAAAAGGAUCCUACACUUCUCACUUUUGGUCCAGAUCCCUGCAAGACUAUCUUUGGCCGUAUCCAGUCUGUCUACCACCACAUCUCCAAGUUCGGCGCAAAUGCACAGAUCCAAGAAGGCGACCCGGAGUUCGAUAUGGUUAAUGUUACCAUCACACCAAACUUCCCGCUUGGUGAGCGGCUUGAGGCCGAGACAGGUGUUAAGCGCGGUGAUGCUCUUGUUGUCAAGAGAGAUGCCAACACACUUCAGUUGGUCGAUAACAAAACCCUUAAACCUAUCAAGAUGUUCACUUAUGGUCAUGUCAAUGAUAAGCUCCAGGGUCAGCUUUGCGCUUCUCACCACCAGUAUGAUGAAGAGACCGACGAAUAUGUCAACUUCACCGUCAGACUCGGUCCAAUCCCUUCUUUCCAAUCCUAUACACUUGGUCCUUACUUGCCUACUCCCCCAGGCUCAAAAGAAAAGAUGCCUGCCCCUCAGGUUCGCUUACACGAACCUAUCUAUCGUCAUCUUGGUGCCUGGCGUACACUCGAACCUCUCAAACCUGCGUAUAUUCACUCCUUCAGCAUGACAAAGAACUAUAUCAUUGUUCCCAAUUUCCCGUAUUACUACAGUUUUGGCGGCAUGUCGGCACUGUAUUACUCUUGUGCCUAUCAAACCUUCUAUUGGGACGAAACUCGCCCCACUCUUUUCCACGUUGUUGACCGUAAUACCGGUAGACAUGUCGCUACAUACGAUGCUGACCCAUGCUUUUCUUUCCACUCUGCAAAUGCCUGGGAUGAGGAGGUGGAUCUCCCAGGAGGUGGUAAAGAGCGUGUGAUUUACAUGGACUACUGUGUAUAUGAAAACACCGAUAUUGUGGAUGCUAGUUUCGAUCUCGGUAAAACACCUACUGGAUUUGAUGCUUCCAAGGUCGAGCCUGCACGUUUCAAGAUCAAGAGACACACUGAUGAUAAGAAGGAUAACAGCAUUUCUCCUUCGCAGCUUAGACGUUAUCGCCUUGGAAAUGUGCCUGUCAGCUCUAAUGCUCCCGAAACUUCGCGCUGGUCGCCAAAGGGAAUUACGGGCCUGCUUUCCGGUAUCUUUGAUUUCAACAAGCGUCGAGUGGCAUCAUAUACAGUAUUGGGCUCCGAUAUUGAGCUUCCUCGCUUCAAUUCAAACUUCAACCUUCGCAAGUAUCGCUAUGUGUGGGGUGUAUGUGAGUCAAAACAUGCGCCAUCUUAUGCAUCUGGUGCCGUUGUAAACGGUUUGAUCAAACUUGAUCUUGAUAAGCCCACAUUGUGCAAGAACACAGAGGAGGGAAGCUCAGCAAAAAUUUGGGAUGAGCCCGGCUGUUCUUGUUCCGAGCCCAUUUUUGUCGCCCACCCUGAGCAAAGAGCAGAAGAUGACGGUGUACUUAUUUCAACUGUCAACACCACAACUCCCGAUGGAAAGGAAUCAUGUUUCCUGCUCAUUGUUGAUGCUGCUACAAUGGUUGAAGUGGGCCGCACCACUCUGGGUGCAUUCACUGCCAUGACCAUUCACGGCAGUUUUGUUGAUACCAACGGCAAAGGUGUUGCUGUUAACUAAAGGGCGCAAAGAAUAAGCAGAAGAAAAAAAAAGUUCCCUAUCCACUAUCUAUCAUUUCCGUAUUUUCGCAUCUCUUCAUUUCUAGCUUAAAAAUAUAUUUUUUACGUAUAAGAAUUAGAUGUUCUAAUUCAAUUCAAUUCAGUUCAGUUCAGUUUAGUUCAGUUUAAUUUAGUUCAAUUCAAUUCACCCCUCCAAUACCACCCACCCACCCACAAUUCAAUUCAAUUUAAUUCAAUAAAAAGUCGUACUUUUUGGUUU